CAUUGACAAACUGUCCAUACUGACCCAGUAGGACAUAAGAGGCUAUCGAGCUAAGUAGCGUGUUAUUUUUCCGUACAAUGUUUCGUUGACGGCUGGCUGGCAUGAACUGUUUGCGGUAGGAAAUUCGAGUGGAAACACAACGUGUGACUCUGUAGGCUCGCUAAUGACAAAGGUUACAUUGGGAGGCAAAGUCUGGACGUUUGCGACAAAUUACUGUAGAUUACUAAUCAGGGUCAUGAAACGAAUAGUAACAAAGCUGAUAAAUCGAAUGUUGCUUAACACGGUUGACUCGGAAAGGAUGGCAAGUGAUAUAACGCUCAGCCAUGUGCGCAAGAAAAUGUUUGUAGGCCUGGGAAACCCUGGGAUGAAUGGAUCCAGACACAGCGUCGGUAUGACUGUGGUAGAAGCCCUGGCCAAACGACUUGGAGUUUCUGACAGUUGGAGAACAGACAGACAAGUGUCAGGGGAAAUUAUUGUGUCCGAGUUCCAAGACACUCAACUUGUACUUCUACGACCAAAAUUGCUCAUGAAUAUUAAUGGAGUCAGUGUGGCCAAAGCAGCUAGCAAAUUUUCCAUUGAGCCAGAACACAUACUUUUGAUUCAUGAUGACCUAGACAAACCACUUGGGAAGAUUGCCAUCAAACAUGGAGGGAGUGCAAGAGGUCACAACGGUGUACGAUCCUGUGUGGACUGCCUUCAAACUGAUGUGAUGCGACGAUUACGGAUCGGGAUUGGUCGACCUUCCGGAAAAACGCCAGUGGAUCGCUACGUUUUGGGUCGGUUUUCUGCCGAGGAACGGAAGGUGCUGAGCACGGUACUGGACGAGAGCGUGACCACUCUCCUAGCACAGCUCAAGGACAAUGAGCUCCAAAAAUCACCACCAGGGGGCAGAAGAAAAUCACAGAGAAGUGAAAAGAAGGACUCCUCUACAGCACUGGACAUAGACAGAGAGCACAUCCAGACUUGACUUGACAGGAUCUUGGCUAAAGUAUUCAAGUCAGGAUGUGAGUGUUAUCACUACAGCGCCUGGUGUACACUUCUGAAGUGCAUCAUAUAUGAAAGUACCUACACAGGAAAUGAAAAUAAAAUCAGACCAGAGAGAUAACGGUGUGACAUAAGAGAACAUAAUAUGAACCAAAAACAUUCUACAUUUCAAGACCAGAGAUCAGAACUCGCCAGCAGGAGAGAGGAACAUUAAAUCAGAAUAAAUUUAUUUCAUAUUAUUACUGAAGCGAAAUACAGCAGGUAGUUGUUCAUGUCACUAAUUUCGCUUUCAUAUUUAUUAGGGUUUCUGGACUCUUUCCCAUCCAAUAAAAUAUUUUUGGUGAUCUUGA